GACACACACACGAUAUGCCCACGCAUCCUGACUUCUGUAGCCCGAGGUGUUGCGGGAUUGCAGAGCACAUCGUUUCCCAGGAUUGAAGUCGAUUUCUCGGGCCUGAAACGGAUAUAGCACAAGUAAAAGUUGCGCAAGAGGCGAGGAGUGUGUGUGAGAAAGGAUUUUCUUCGUUUACACUUACUGUGUGCCUUGUGUUGUGACUGAGGAGCCGGGCCGCGGACCAGAACCGUCUGGAUCGCGUGCGCGAGCCACUGUUCAACGGCUGCACCGCGAGCUGCGUCUCGCACUCCAGCCUUCACCCGCUUGGAGCCGGAAUUGGAGUGAGCAAGCCCCCACCCCCCCCGUUCGCUCCCCACCCACUCGGAGCGAGUGAGUGGCCUUGCGGCUUCCAACCUCCCCUGCCACUAACUACCUAACUGACUGACGGACGGACGGACGGAAGGAAGACAGAUGAAGUCAUGAACUCUCCUCUCCGCUGACUGCUCCCGUGCUAAAGUUGCGUCUCCACUUUCCCCACCCCACUCCUGUCGCAUGUUGAUGCUUUUAGACAUAAAAAAGUUUUUCCUCUUCCAUCCGCUCCUCCGAUACCCCCCUGUUAUUGUGUGUGCGCGCCUGUUCGCGGGGCUGUGACCAUGAUGGCGGCGGAAGUCGGGAACGAGUGCCUGUUGGCGGCGGCUGUGACCGUGGCGGCUCCGGGCGCAGAUGGCGAGACGGCUGUUUUCCAGUCUUCCCCGCAGAAAGUGCCGGAAUUGAGCUCCGUGCGGCCUCUCGAGUCUGAAUCGUCGUCGUCACCGCCACCACCACCAUCAUCAUCAUCACCACCGCCGCCUCCGGCUCCGUUCCUUUCCGAACCUACUGUCGGGGCUGCCCCUCUCACCAACACUCCUGCUCUCCCCAUGCCCCCGGACGAAGUGGAUUCUUUCGACGGGCAUGAGUUUGAAGAGGAAGAAGUGGCGAUCCCGCUUACGGCUCCCCCAACCAACCAGUGGUAUCAUGGAAAGCUGGAUCGUACAAUCGCUGAAGAGCGGCUUUGUCAGGCAGGCCGAUCGGGAAGCUAUCUCAUCAGGGAAAGUGAUCGAAGACCAGGUUCAUUUGUGCUUUCGUUUCUAAGUAAAACAGGCUUGGUCAAUCAUUUCAGGAUAAUUGCAAUGUGCGGUGAUUAUUACAUUGGUGGACGACGAUUUUCUUCGCUCUCAGAUUUGAUAGGUUACUACAGCCAUGUGUCCUGUUUAUUAAAAGGAGAGAAGCUUCUGUUUCCAGUAGCACCCCCAGAGCCUGUUGAGGAUAGGAGGAGAGUUCGAGCCAUCUUGCCAUAUACCAAAGUUCCAGACACAGAUGAGAUUAGUUUUCUGAAGGGGGAUAUGUUUAUUGUUCACAAUGAACUGGAGGAUGGAUGGAUGUGGGUGACCAACCUACGAACAGAUGAGCAAGGCCUCAUUGUGGAGGAUUUGGUAGAAGAGGUGGACCGUGAAGAAGAUCCACAUGAAGGAAAAAUCUGGUUUCAUGGCAAGAUAUCAAAGCAAGAUGCAUAUAAUCUGCUGAUGACAGUUGGUCAAAUAUGUGGCUUUCUUGUAAGACCAUCAGAUAACACACCGGGUGACUACUCGCUUUAUUUUCGGACUAAUGAAAAUAUUCAACGAUUUAAAAUAUCUCCAACAUCAAGCAAUCAAUUUAUGAUGGGUGGCCGAUACUACAACAGUAUAGAGGAAAUCAUUGAGCACUAUAGGAAGGAGCAGAUUGUUGAAGGUUAUUACCUCAUAGAUCCUGUCCCCUUGCAGCAUCAAGAGCAAGUACUCAAUGAGUAUGAUGGUAGAGAAAUAUACAAUACAAUCCGGCGCAAGCCAAAGGAUGCACUUUAUAAGAAUAUAGUGAAGGAUGGCUACCUCUGGAAGAAAAGCAAAGGUAAACGAUGGAAAAACUUGUAUUUCAUUUUGGAAGGGAAUGAUUCCCAGCUAAUCUAUUUUGAAAGUGAAAAGAGAGCCACAAAACCAAAAGGAUUAAUAGACCUCAGUGUUUGUACUGUAUAUGGAGUUCAUGACAGUCUGUUUGGCAGGCCAAACUGUUUUCAAAUAGUAGUGCAGCACUUUAGUGAAGACCAUUAUAUCUUCUACUUUGCAACGGAAACUCUAGAACAGGUUCAGGACUGGAUGAAGUGCUUGCAUGUGUUUUGCAGUAACUUGAAAAAACCACUGCCACCAACCUCCAACAAGCGUCUUCGACAGGUCAGUAGUCUGGUGUUGUAUGUGGAAGAAGCCCAUAAACUUCCAGGGAAGUAUUUCACACACCCUUACUGUAACAUCUCCCUAAACAGUGUUCAAGUAGCAAAAACUCAUGCCAGGGAAGGGCAGAAUCCUGUAUGGACAGAAGAAUUCAUUUUUGAUGAUGUCUCGUCUGAUAUAAACAGAUUUGAGAUAAGUCUCAGUAACAAAACAAAGAAGAGCAAGGAUCCUGAUAUCUUAUUCAUGCGCUGCCUGUUGAGUAGAUUACAGAAAGGGCAACUGAUUGAUGAGUGGUUUCCUCUCAGUUCACAUUUUCCACUAAAAGGCAUUGAACCAGGCUCUGUACGGGUAAGAGCACGGUAUUCAUUGGAAAAAAUCAUGCCAGAAGAGGAAUACAGUGAAUUCAAAGAGCUUAUUCUUCAAAAAGAAUUCCAUGUGAUAAAUGCCUUAUCCCAUGUGUGUGGUCAGGAUCGUACAUUAUUGGCUAGUAUUCUACUCAGAAUUUUUCGGCAUGAGAGACUUGAAUCGCUUUUACUACAAAUACUCAAUGACAGAGAAAUUAGUAUGGAAGAUGAAUCCACCACUCUCUUCCGUGCCACAACUUUAGCAAGCACACUUAUGGAGCAAUAUAUGAAAUCGACUGCAACACCAUUUAUCCAUCAUGCUCUGAAAGAAACUAUUCUAAAGAUAAUGGAGAGUAAACAGUCAUGUGAGCUAAAUCCUUCCAAACUUGAAAAAAAUGAAGAUGUGAACACUAAUCUGGCACACCUAUUGGCCCUCCUCUCAGAAUUGGUUGAGAAGAUUUUCAUGGCUGCAGAAGAAUUACCUCAGGCUUUAAGAUACAUUUACGGAUGUUUACAAAAAUCUGUCCAGCAGAAGUGGCCAGAAAAUCCCACUAUGAGGACCAGAGUUGUGAGUGGGUUUGUUUUCUUGCGGUUGAUUUGUCCGGCUAUUCUCAAUCCACGGAUGUUCAGUAUCAUUUUGGAUCCUCCUUCUUCUACAGCUGCAAGAACUCUCACUCUUGUUGCAAAAUCACUUCAAAAUUUAGCAAAUUUGGUGGAAUUUGGAGCUAAGGAGCCCUACAUGGAAGGUGUAAAUCCAUUUAUCAAGAACAACAAGCACCGGAUGAUUAUGUUCUUAGAUGAAUUAGGGAAUGUCCCUGAGCUUCCUGACACUACAGAGCACUUUAGGACUGAUUUGUCUCGUGACUUAGCAGCUUUGCAUGAAGUUUGUGCAGCACAUUCGGAUGAACUUCGCACAUUAAGCAACGAACGAGGAGUCCAGCAGCAUGUCUUGAAAAAACUUCUGGCAAUUACAGAACUGUUGCAGCAGAAACGAAAUCAGUAUUCUGCAUCUAGUAGGUAGCAGCCUUCCUGGUCAGAAAUUCUGCAUGGAUUAACAUGUCCCAGGUUUAUCAGAGGACACUUCACAACAAUCUCCUUUUUUGUUACAUCUGAAAUAAAUACUCACAUACAACAUUCCUUCUAGUGUGUGAACUAUGCAACAGAAAAACAGUUGGUCAAUCGCAUCAGCAAGUUAGCUAUUUGUGCAGACCACCUCUUGCACUUUUUUCUCUGAACAAGUCACUAGCCAUUGAGCCUUGAUGUACUAGUCAUCUUUCACAAAGCUAGGUGAAUCGACAACAUAAGGUGUUUUAUUUCAAGUUGCCAAAGUUCCCAGGAUCUAUCCAGAGCUACAGUAUGAAAUGUCAGUCAGAUGAUGAGAUAGGUUUGUGAAAACUGGAGGACAGGCUGUACAGUGUUUGUACUAAAACUUCUGAUUGAUUACUUGUAUGGUUAAGACUGCUCACGUCUUUAAUCUCUGGUUAUAUAUUUACAGCUUAUUGGAAAUGUCUUUAAAUACCAAGGUUCCUCACUAAAGACUGGUUAGUAUACUCUACAAAAAGAAAUCUGCAAUAAGCAUUCAUUGCAUGACAUGUGCAGACAGAGUAUACAUAGCAUUUAUUGUGCCACUAAUUUUGAUCAGUUUAAUUAUACUGUACAAUUGGCUGAGUCUUCCAACAAAAGCAGUAAUGAGAAAA